AUGACUCUCCAUGAUCUUGAAAAACGUGGUCUUACUCAAGCAUUUUUUUCGAUAUGGUUUGAAAACAUUGAAAAAUUUAAACGUGUUCAUGAUAAGAAACUUGUUAUUGUAGCGCUUUGUUCACUAUUGGAAUUACCUUUUGAACAAUUACCACCUACAUUACAAGGUGGUUGGACACAAGUUUUGGAUGGUAUUCUAACAUCUCUUGACAAAGCAUAUGGUGAGGACGACAGUGUGGGUAAUGAAGUUUUGUUUGAAUCACCAUUAGAUAAAGUAGAUGUCUAUAUAAAAUUUCAUGAAUCAUUCAUUG